ACAACCAGCAAUCCAGACCCCCAGAUCUUUAUUUUAAUGUAGUUCCCUGCUGAGGAAAGAGUGUCCCGAACGCCAUGUGGGGUUUUUUCUCCUCUCUCCACACGUGGGGGAGGAGAAUGGCAGCUCUGCCAAAGCCCAAAUGGUGCUGGAGCCCGGAUCGCUGCUAAAUGCGAGGUUUAGGCUUGCCAGAGCUGUCAGAGCUCGGCGCGGGCCUGCUGCUCCCUCCUCUUCCUUCUGCCUCACGUGUCUGCCGAGCCUGGGCUCAGCCGGGCUCCAGGGCCGGCUCGGGGGUCUCUGAUGCUCCUGGGGGAAUUCUGGGGGGUGCGAGGAGGGAGAGGACAGCAGUGACCUGGGCAGGGAAUGAUCAGGGCAGGAAAACAGAGCGCAGGGUCCUUCUGGGGAGAGCUGGGCUGGAAACAGGUUCCUUUUAAAAUAAUAAUAAUGUAAAAAAUAAUUUUAAAAGCUUCUUCCAGCUGCCGCGAGAGGGAGGGAGGGAGGGAUGCGGGGCUGAGAAGGGAGGAGCUCCGAGGGGCUGCGGGGCCGCGACCCCCGGGGCCCGGCCGGGAGGAGGCGGCGGCGGGGCCGUGCUGCGGGUGCCGGGGGCACCGGGAGGGGACAGGAGCCAAAGCCCGGCUCAUCCCCGGCCUAAGGGAGGGAGAGCCACCCCGGGCUGCCCAGGCUCGGCAGGGCUGGAGCCGCCGCUCUGCGGGGCCUCAGGUGGGUCAGGGGCUGAUCGGAGCUGCAAGGAGCCCGUGCCGGUUUGGAAACGAGAGCCCGGCGCGCUUUAGGAGCUGCGGGAGGCCGUGCCGCCGUGCGGCGGGAGCGAACGGCGAUGUCAACAGCCGGGGGCGAGUCUUUAUCAUCACAGAAAAAUCCAGCGGGUGGGGUGGAUGCUGCUGGGCAAAGGAAACGCUGCGGAGGAAGCGCCAGGCGGCUGAGGCAGCGUUACCGCCGGCUCGUGGGGAGCUGGGGGCUGUUAUUGGAGUACGAGGCACAUGAAGGAUUUCCAGGAUGCGCUCCCUUCGUAGCGGAGCGUUGCUCAAGGCUCGGUAGCUGGGAAGAGCUCGGCGAAUUAAAUCCUGCUCCGACAAGUUUCGGAGGAGCUGAAGUAAACACCGCUCCCUUCCCCUGGCCGCUCCGGACUCGGCAUCUCCCGGGCCGCCUCUCCCGCAGGAAUUUCUCUUCUGGGAGCCGCAGCGGGGUCGAGCUGAGAGCUGAGCCCCUUCCCCUGCGCCUGGAGGCAGCGAGCCGAACUCCCUCUCCUUCCCCAAGGUGAUUUUGCAGAGCGAGGACGCGGAGUUUGGCCUGGCCAUGGCCGCGGCGGUGCCACAGAAGCUGAGCCAGCUCUUCGUCAACGUCAGGCAGCUGCCCGCGCUGCUGGGGCCGUCCCCGGGCACGGUGAGCAGCGCCGAGGUGCCGCCGCUCUUCUGGAAGCCCUACAUCCACGGCGGCUACCGGCCCGUGCGCCAGACCUGGCGCUACUACUUCCGCACGCUCUUCCAGCAGCACAACGAGGCCGUCAACGUCUGGUCCCACCUGGCGCCCGCCCUGCUGCUGCUGCUGCGCCUGCAGAGCCUCCAGCAGCGCGUGGACUUCGGGCAGGACGCGCACGCCCGGCCCCUGCUCAUCAUCCUGGCCGCCUCCAUCACCUACCUGACCUUCAGCAGCCUGGCCCACCUGCUGCAGGCCAAGUCCGAGUUCUGGCACUACAGCUUCUUCUUCCUGGACUACGUGGGGGUGGCCGUGUACCAGUACGGCAGCGCCCUGAGCCACUUCUACUACGCCAUCGAGCCGGGCUGGCACCGGCGCGUGCGCGGCUUCUUCCUGCCGCUGGCGGCGGCGCUGGCCUGGCUGUCGUGCGCCGGCUCCUGCUACGCCAAGUUCCGCUUCCACCCGCGCUGCUCGCUGCCCGGGCGCCUGUGCCAGGAGCUGCCCUCGGGGCUGGCCUACCUGCUGGACAUCAGCCCCGUGCUGCACCGCCUGUGGACCGCGGCGCGCCCCGAGCCCGCCCUGCUCUACCACCGCUGCCAGGUGCUCUUCUUCCUCGUCGGGGCCUUCUUCUUCUGCCAUCCCUACCCCGAGAAGUGGUUCCCCGGGAAGUGCCACUUCUUCGGGCAGAGCCACCAGAUCUUCCACGUGUUCCUGGUGCUCUGCACGCUGGCGCAGAUCGAGGCCGUGGUGCUGGACUACGAGUCCAGGAGGGAGAUCUACUCCUCCCUCCAGAGCGGCCUGGCCCACGACUUCUCUGCCCUGUUCCUGGCCACCGUCGCCUGCUCCGUCCUCACGGCCACCUACAUGGCCCGCAGGGUGAGGAACAAGCUGGGCCUCAAGGCAGAGUAAAGAAAAAGCGAGCUCAGCCCAAAUGCAGCCCCAAGCCCCCAGCUGCCGCUUCAGGGACUGUUACUCAGCAAGUGCUUCCUCUAGGGAAUGAGAGAUGCUUUUAAUGCUUUUUUAAUCCAGCCUAAGUUCCAGCUUGCUCAUAGAAUGGCACACGGGUUCAGUUCAGCUCUGAAUAAACAGUUGAACAAAGUGUCUGUGUGCCCUGCUGGGCCGGGGACGGCUCUGGGAGGCUGCCAGCUCUCCAGCACCAGAUAAGGAGAGGCCAUCUGGCCCCCGUUAGACUCUAAACCAUGGAACCAGACCAAGGCUAGGCUGUUUAAACCACUGACCUGACAAAUUAAUUUGUUAUCACUUCAGGCCCCUCCUGUAGGGCUGAGGGAGCUGCUCAGAGCUGUCCAUGCAGCGCCAGGGCCCCGCCCUUUACCCCCGGGGGCCGGAUGGGCACGGCCCUGCCCCUGAAAGCGCAGGGAGAGGAGGGGCUGGUGCGGUGGGGAGCCGCAGCACGGGGUCCGGGCUGGGAACAGGCGGCUGUGGAUGUCCCGCCGUGGACCUGGGGAAACGCGGGGACACAUCGAGCACCGGGGCCGGGACCGCUCUGAGGGGACCCCGCCGCCACCGCCCCUUAUAUAUGGCAGGCCUGUGUGGGCGUGGUCUCAUUACAUAUAUAGCCCCGCCCUCACCUCCCAUUGGCCCGUCCCUGAGGGAGGCGCGUGCGCAGCGCGCUUUGGAGGCGGGGCCAGCGGGAGCGGGAAAACGGGACCGGGAAAAAACCGGAACCGGAAGCGGGGAACGGGAACGGACCCGGAAAACUGGAACCGGGGAAACACCGGAACCGGAAGCGGGGAACGGGAGCGGACCGGGGAAAGCUGGGACCGGGAACCGGGCCCAGGCCCGGUCCCGCGCAGCCCCCGGCAGCCCCGGGAUGCGGCGGCGGCGCGGGGGCGGCGCGGCCCCGGCCGAGGCCUGCGGGGUGUGGCUGGACACGGCGGAGCUGAAGCGGGGCCCCGCGCGGCCCCCCGGAGCCCGCGCCGCCCCGAGCAGGCAGAGCCCGGCACCGCGGGCCCGGCAGAGCACCAUGGCCCGGUUCCUGCGCGCCCCGCCGGAUGGAGGGGACAAAGAGAACCGCGGGCCAGCUGCCUGCAGCCCGGCCGGGCCCGCGGGGGCUGCCCCGCCCGCCCGGCCCCUGCGGAUCCUGGCCUUGCCGCCGCUGCAGGGAGCCCGGGAGCAGCCCCCCGGGGCCCAGCAGGGGCUGCGGGGCACGGCCCGGGCAGGGCAGACGCCUCAGGAACCCCUGGAGCUGCGGGGGAGUCUCAGCGUGGGGCUGGGGGGCGCUGCCCGGGGCACGGCGGGGGCAGGAACAGAGCCGGGGAGUCUCCUGGAGAAACGGCCCCGGGGGGCAGGAAAGCACAGCCCUGGGGCACAGCUCCUGCUGGGACAGACCCUGCUGGGGCUGGGGACACAAACCCUGCCCCGGGGGCUGCUCCCAGCGGGGUUUGCUGCUCUCCCCAGAGCCCGGGGCCGGCUCAGCCCCUCCGGGAGCGCGGCCAGGUCCUGGCAGGGUCCUGCAGGCAGCUCUUCUGCCAGGGCUGCCAGGGGAGCAGGGUCACUGCCCACAGGGACAGGGCCAGGACCAGCCCCCCCAGGGCCAGCCCCAGCCCCACCAGGACCAGCCCCAGCCCCCCCAGGGCCGGCCCCAGCCCCCCCAGGACCAGCCCCAGCCCCUGGCAGCCCCCAGAGCCGGGCUCUGAGCUCCUGUUCACGCAGGACUCGGAAGGGCACAGGGUCAUUAAGCACUGGUGAGUGAGCCAGCCUGGCCCUGGCAGCACUGGGGGUGCUCCCAGCUGGGAGGGACCCCCUGGUGCAGCCCCCAGCACCUCUUUGCUCCUGAGAAGCUGCUUUAAUCCAAAUAAAACACUGCCGUUUGUUGCUGAGG